AUGGCCACCUUGAAGGUGACCGUCCAUGAAGCGCGUGACCUCCCAAUCAUGGACCGGGCGACCGGACUGGCCGACCCGUACGUCGUGGUGAAGCUCGACGACAUGGAGCACACUACCGACAUUGCCCAUCUCACCCGAAACCCGGUCUGGGAGCACGACGUGCGCUUCGACACCGCCGAUCUGCUUGUGCUGCAAGAGGACCCGCUGGAGAUCCGCGUGUACGACCACGACAUCAUCAGCCGCGACGACAUUGUCGGCAUGGUACUGCUGGAUUGCAACAGCAUCAUCUACCGCGCCAACCCGGUGGUGUCAGGGUGGUUCCCGCUGCUAGACUCUGGCGCCGGGCUCCACGGCGACAUCCGUCUUACCAUCCGCAUCAAGUUCCACGCAGCCGAAAACCCGCUGGCGCCGGCGCUGCCGGAGCGGUACGUGCGACGGCUUGACCCCCGCGUCGCCGAGCGCUCGUCUUCGCUGGCGGCCGCCGUACCAGGCGGCAACGGUGGCCACGCUCAACAGGCAAACAGCAGCCCCCGCACGAACGAAACCAGUGUCAGCUUCUCAAUGGUGACCUCGGCGCCUGGUUUGAACGCAGCGACGACGCAGAGCAGCUGUGUCGCACCCACAAGCAGCAGCGGCAACCACGUGGCAAGCUUUGAGCAUGGCCCACGAGGCCGCGUCAAUGAGCCGUGUAGGGCCUCUGCCAGCAGCGUCAACGUCAACAAAAACGUGAGCGUCGGGCUUUCGGCAGCUGACUCUGGCCACCACCACCAUCGCCACCGCAAGCACCGAUCGACUUCACGGAAGCUGACAAGCGAGCGGCGCUCGUCCAAGGUGCCGUGGCACGCCCCCUCGCACAACGUCAGCGGCGGCACGUUGGAAGCGGGCGCAGACGUACCGUCCCUCGCCGGUGCGAGCUUCAGCCUGGCGAACAACAACGUCAGCGCUGCCCCCAUGAACAGCAGUGCGAACUUCGCGCGCUAUGACCCGUCGGUCUUGUUUGCAGGUCCAUCUGGCGCCACAACAACGGAGGCAGCGGUGGCCAUGGCAGCCGCUGCGGCAGUGGAAAGCCCCGCGGUGCCGCUGCCUCUUCCUUCGCCGGCGCUGUUUCCUUUUCUGGUGGAGCAGGACUUGGAUCCGCUGCGGGCGGCCCGCGUAGAUCACCCGACGCUGGCCGCUGAGGAAGAGGGCAUAUUUGUGUUUAGCGUCUGGCGACUCGACCCGGCGGUGUUUCGUGUGGAGUCGACGCACAGCAUGAUGGAGGAGCUCAUCGUCAAGGCCGACCCCGAGCACGUGCGUUUCACAAACCUGCGCAGCAGCCGUAGCAUCAACGAUGCCCGAGUUAUUCAGCUCUUCAAACUCAGCGGCAAGGUGCGACGGCAACUCGCGCGCAAGGUGGUCGAGCUGCAAUGCAACGCAGUGCUUGGUUACGUGGAGGAGUUCGACAUGGAGCCGAACGGUAUUAUCGUUCGGGCAUACGGCACGCCGUGUGUGGUGUCGCGUGUGAAGUACGUUGACCAGCGCGAGAUGGAGGCGUUGCUGCGCGGGAAGUCGCGCUACAUCCGGUCGAGCAUGAUGGCAGCGUAUCAGGGGGAAUUCCCCAGUGCGUCGAUGGCAGCGGCGCCACCUCGGUCGCACAGUCCCGCGCUGCCGCCGUACGGCUUGUCGCCAAUCCUGAGCAACGGAGGAGUGGACGGGAACGCCGGUGGCACCUCCACUCCGGCCACCCCAUCGGGGCCGACGCAGUCAGCGGACCUCAUCGCACUGAGCAACACAAUGGCGGCUCUGCCGCUACCCCUGCCAACGCCCAACGCCUCCUCCACUCCCAUGACCGCCCAUGAUCACCUGCCUCCCCCCAUGUCCGCCUGCACCUUGCGACUCGGCACCUCGGCACAGCAGCAGCAGCAGUCUGGCCAAGCUGUGGCCGCCGCCUCAUGGGCAAGUACGCCGCUCUCAAGCAAGGAGGCAGUGGCGCCGACAGCAGUCCAGUCGCCGCGAUCAACACCAGAGACGUACGUGAGUGCCAUGGCGACAGGCGACGAAGUCGACGGCUCAGGCGUGCCGCUGCUGUCGCUCGACAAUGGGGGUGGCGGGGCGGGCCUCGGUGCAGCCGCGCAAGCUUCCGCUCUAGCUGGGGCGCAGAGUGCGAACUCUACAACGCGCCACCACUCGCAGACUGCCCUCACUCUCGCCACAAGUGCUCAGCGCUUAUCUCCGCCCUUCAGCCGCAGCUUCGUGGCGUCCUCUGUGGACGCCACCAUACCCAUGCUCCCCGACGCGCUCGUGCAGCAGCAGCAGCCGUCCCAUGCGAACCUGAUGAUGCGGAGCGGCCCCACCGACACCGCGGUGGCGACCGUCGCAGCUACCCCAGCGACCGCGCCACCAAUGACGAACGCUCUUAUCGCUGCAAGCGGCGCCGCAGCUGGUGGUGGCCCGCCAGCGCGUGUCAUUAUAUCGAUGCUCACCGUCAAGGACCUUCCCGCCGGUUCUAUCCACCACAUUGGCGGCUACAUCUGCGCCCGCUCCGUGAAGAUUGUCUCGCGGGUCAAGUCGCGGCAGAUAAUCUCGCAGGAACGGGAUGCGUGGUGGAUGGAGCUGCGCGAGGAGCUGCGUGCCAACGCCCGCGCGUUCCACUGCAACACCGUGCUAGGCUAUGAAGAAGAGACGCAGUAUCACGAAGACGUCGUUCUGCUUUCCUUGUAUGGCACGGCGGUGAUGCUGGACAUGUCCGCCGCAUCGCUGCGUGCCGGUCCCGAGCACCUUUUCUCCUGGCAGAAGCAGCGCCUCGCGUCCAAGCGCAACUGCGCCCUUCUGCACCUCUAUGAAGGAUCGCGUCGGAAGGGCGGCCUGGGCUUCCUCGCCGGCGAAGUUGGCGAUCUUCUCAUGCACUACGUCUGCAGCAUCUGCCACAACAAACCCGUUCCGGACGUGCUGCUGGCUGCGUGCACGCUGCCCGUCGAGCUGAACUGCGAGGCGCCACCGCGGCUUGUGCAGGUGGCCGUGUCGAAGCCAAAGGCAAACGUGAAGGGGGUCGAGCUCGCCAUGGCAGUGUCGCAGGCGCUUCCCUUCAUCGAGUUCGCCUUGCACAAGCAGCUUCUCUUUAACCUCCGCCUGCAGCAGCUGAACGCGUGCUUCUCGCUCCGGGUCUCCAUCGUUGUUGGGCACGACGCCAUUAUCGGCAUGCUGACAGGGUCGGGCUGUCGCUUGGCGGGCCUGCCCGUGCCGCGGCUGCCUCGUGUGACCGUGGUGGACCAGCAGAUCGCGCACAAGGAGAGUGUGGUGAAGCUUCGCGACGUGAUCGCCUCACGUCGACGCCGCCGCAACACUGCACACUCCAGCAGCAGUCGAAGCACUUCGUCCUCCUCGUCCUCCAGCAGCUGUUCUUCAAGGCCUGCUGCUGCAGCGCAGUCGUCUGCGAUGCCAGGCGCCGACGGGGCGGUGCCGGCGCCGGCGGUGGCGGCAGCGGGGUUGCGCGGUGGUGGGUCUAGAGACGACGUUCGUGGCAUCGGCUCCGCCGGCACGAAGGCGUCCAGCGCCGCCCUCACCGUUCGCUCUUUAUCGACGUCGUCAACCUCACACACCGACUCCUCGUCUUCCUCCUCAUUUAAGCGGUGCAAGCGGUAUCGCCGUCGACGUCGGCGCCAUCGUGCGCGCGGCAAGCGCGGGCGAGGCAACCGUGGCUCGUCAUCGCCGUCGCGUGGCCCUUCGCGGUCCCCCUCAGAGACAGAAGCGCUUCCGUCGACGACAUCUGGAAUCGAGUCGCUGCACAGCAGCCAGAGCCGCGAAGCCGCGGCCGCGCCGGCUCAGAAGCGGCGUCGACACCGUCGCACGCGGCACGCGAGCACAUGUGCCCCGGCUGUCGCAGUAGCAGGAGCAGCGGCAGCUGGCGCUAGCAGGAGAGCUGGCGCCACCCCAGGCUCUCCCUCACGAGGAGCCACGUUGCCCAAGUCACGAUCGCCCUCUCCCUCUGCUGUGACGUCAUCUUCCCGCCCGUACAGCUCGUCCCACUCCUCGUCCAGCAGCAGCAGCACCAGCAGCCGUACCCUCAGCACAUCCCCGUCAAAGGCGUCUUUGCAUUCUUGGGUGCUGACGGAGUCGAGCGUGACGGACGAGGACGUUUACGCGCCGGCCGAUGAAUGGCGCACAACCAGCGGCGGCGUGCGCACAAAGGCACGCGACUACGUGGUCAAGAUCGACGAUGUCGAGGAGGCGGACAUGAUGCUGGGCAUGGUGGACGCGACAAACUUCGAGGAUGGGGUGCUGCUUACGCUGCCGUACGUGCCGGACAGCGCAAACGCCUUUGACUGGCAGAAACGCAUCGUGUUGUACCGGCGCUACUCGCGUGCGUCGACCUUGCCCGUCGGCGGCGGCGGUGGCACUGGGGCGGCCGCGCUGAUGGGCAGUGUCAACACGAGCGGCGGUCUUAGUUCCUACGGCGUCACGCGAAGCAGAAGCGUGCUUGGAGCCAGCGUCAUGGGUAGCAGCGGUGCUUACCAAAACUGUAGUGACCCUGCGUCCGCGGCAGCCAGUGGUGGAGACGGCAUGAGCGCCGGUGGGGGUGGUGCCGCAGCCGGUCGCAUGGCGCUCACAACGCGACUUCUCAACGAAUACUGUGCGGACGCCAAGCGCGCCUUUGUGCACCGGGCAUGUCGCAUGGCGAUGCGCACCGGGCAGCCGCUGCGGCUGUGUGUUGUGAACUUGCGAGUGGAGAUGAUGUUUGUGCCGAACAGCGCCGACCUGCAGCUGCGACUCGAGGGCUGUGUGAUGGUGGCCAGCAGUGCUGGCGCACAGCAGCUUCGCCAGCUCGAGGAUCGCGCCUUUCGCGUGUGCAUGCAUUACACAAUGGAGUCCCUGUCGGGGCUGCGGCAAUACCAGCAGCAACAGCAACAGCAGUAUCCGAGUCAGGCCACCCAGAGCAACCACGGCGGCGCUUCCGCGGCGGGGCAGCGCCCCGCUGGUGCAACUCCCAUCAUGACCGCCAACGCUGUCGCCUCUGGCAAGGCAACGCCUUACCUGCGGUGGAAACCGAACACGCCCGUGCUUUCCCCUCUGAUGGUGGAUGCCGCGAGCAACAACAUCGUCACCACCUCGUUGGGCGGGCCCGCAGUCGCUGCUGCUGCAGCAAUGCAGACGGCGUCGUCGCAGAACCCGGCGUUGCCAUCGAUGCCGCAGCCACUUGCGGCAUAUACAGCGAACUCUAUGUGCAGCAUGCUAGCGAUGAGUUCCGUGCUGGCGACAGUUGACUCGGGACCGGCGUACAUUGACGCGCGGCGACUGUUCACCACCAGCAACGCGCCCUUCACCAUGCCGUACGUGCAGGACAUCACCGUGCCACCGCCGCGCGUGUGGAGCGGCGUCGCCACCGCCGUGUCGGAGGACACCGCCGCCCCGGUGCGACACACCUCAACCUACGCCGAGUACCGUGACAGCCGUGGCUCGCGCACAAACUCGCUGACGCGGCGCUGGAACGCCUUUGUCCGGGCAACCGGGCAGUCCAUCAAGAGCCUCGUCGACCGCGCCACCGGUGGUGGCACAGGAGAUCGGCGAAUGCAGCAGCAGCAGCGGCAGUGGCUAUCCUCAUCCACUGUGUCGGAUGCCUCGGUCAGGGCGGGCGAGGAAAACAGCAGGUCGCUCAUGUCCGUUGGUGGCACGGCUAGUAACCCAUCCUCCAUGACUGCCGCUGCCCGCGACGCCAACUACUGCAACCCCGCAGCGCGCCUGCCGAAGGAUAUAUCGCAGCUACAGAUGUUCAUCCCUGUAGUGCUCUUUACCCCGCUCGACUACGUUGCCGGCCGCUCCAUCGUCCGUUACCUCGGCCGCCUCUCGCAGCACUUCAUCCGCGAAGACUACGACACCGACACCGGUGACGGCCUCAACAUGUUCUUCCAGCGUGCGGAGACGGAGAUCGUGUGCGUGGUGCAGGCCCUUGUGCGGCUUAUGGGUGGCAACGCGCUACUGAAGCACCGCAUCGUGUACCACGAGAUCUGCGACUCGGAUGGAUCCGGCAGGGCCUUCUUGUUCGCGACCGUUACGGGUGAUGUGGUGCAGGUGAGUGAUACCGUGUACUGGGGGAAGCACGCGCAGCCGCAGCGGCAGCAGAAGGACGGCAGCGCGCGAACGAACGAGAAGGAGGUCGCCACAGGUGACUUCUCCGACGACAGUGACAGUGACGGCGCCGGCAGCAGAAAGGAGUGA